CGUCAUUGGAACAAAGAAGCUCAGACCGUGAAAGAAGCUGAUGUGUCGGGGAUCGUUGCACGGGACAAUCAACUCAGUUUGUUCACAUUUUUCCUUUACACUAAGUGGAGAGUCGUACCAUUUUUGCAACAUUUCUACCUUUAUGCCUGAAGCGCAUGGAUGGGAUGAUGUGUGCGUCGAUCAGAUGGAGCUCUGUGCGGACGUAUUUGAUCUUCGUGCUGCUGGAGUUUUACUGGGAAGCCGUGUGCGGCCAGCUCUCUUACUCGGUGGCGGAGGAGGUGAAUGUUGGGACCGUUGUGGGAAACAUUGCGAAGGAUUUAAGCCUAAACGUGCAGGAUUUGGAGUCGCGCAUGUUUCAGACCGUUGCGGGAACGAAGAGCAAAUAUUUUGAGGUAAACCUAAAGACCGGUGUUCUCUACGUUCAUGAGAGAAUAGAUCGAGAAGAACUGUGCAAAAAACAAGCCAAGUGUUCACUUACGUUUGAGGCCGUGAUUAAUAAUCCAUUAAAAUUGUACCGAAUUGAAAUAAUAAUUUUAGAUGUAAAUGAUAAUUAUCCAUCAUUUAUGAGUAAAUCACAAGUGAUAAAUAUCACUGAAAUUACAGCAGCAGGAGCUAAAUUUCCUCUGCAUCCAGCUCACGACGCAGAUGUAGGUAAAAACACUGUAAAUUCAUACAAGCUCAGCCAAAAUGAUCACUUUUCACUUGAAGGACAACAAGGAGAAAGUGUGACACCAGAAUUAGUGCUUCAGAGGCUUUUAGACCGAGAAAAACAGGCUGUGAUCACACUCACAUUGACUGCUAUUGAUGGAGGAACACCACCGAAAUCAGGCACAAUGACUAUUAUUGUGAAUGUGCUGGAUAUAAAUGAUAACGCCCCUGUGUUCAGUCAAACGCUCUACAAAGCUAGCGUAUAUGAGAAUAUCGAGAUUGGCACAUCAAUAAUAACCUUAAAUGCGACUGAUUUAGAUGCAGGACAAAAUGGACAAGUGUUCUAUUCUUUCAGUGAAGUCAGUAGAGGAAAACAAAAUGAUUUAUUUGCAAUAGAUAACAAAUCUGGCACUGUAACAAACAUAAAUCAUUUAAAUUUUGAAGAUGAAAAUGUCUUCGAAAUAAGAGUACAAGCCAGUGAUGGAGCAACCUUCCCAAUGAUUUCACAUGCCAAAUUAUUAAUUGAGGUUUUAGAUGUCAACGACAAUGCACCCGAAAUUGUAGUUACAUCACUGUUACACACAGUGAGAGAAGAUGCUACAGUUGGCACUGCUGUUGCUCUUGUUUCAAUAUUAGAUAAAGAUGGAGGGAAAAAUGGUAUAGUGCUCACUAAAAUUAAAAAUGACAUGCCUUUUAAACUUGAGUUAAAUUAUGAGAAUUAUUAUUCUUUGGUUGUUGCUGGUCCUCUUGACAGAGAGCGCAUACCUGUGUACAAUAUCAGCAUUACUGCAACCGAUGAAGGCCUUCCACCUCUGUCCAGCACCAGUAUUGUUAAUGUGCGCAUCUCAGAUGUUAAUGACAACAAGCCUCACUUCUCAGAGCCCCUCAUUAAUGUUUACAUCAAAGAAAAUAGUCCACCAGGUGCUGCACUCCAUAGGAUGACUGCAUUGGAUGAUGACAUUGAUCAAAAUGGGCAUGUGAUGUACUCAUUUUUGCAAAGUAGCACAGACUCACUCCCAAUAACUACAAUGAUAAAUAUUAACUCAGAAAGUGGAGAUAUAGUUGUUCUUCAGUCUUUUGACUAUGAGAAGUUAAAGACGUUUCAGUUCAAAGUUCAGGCCACAGACUCUGGUGUUCCUCCGCUCAGCAGCAACGUCACCGUAAACGUUUUUAUCCUGGAUGAGAAUGACAACAGUCCAGCCAUUUUGGCUCCCUAUUCCGAGCACGGCUCCGUAAACAGUGAGAGCAUCCCCUAUUCUGCUGAAGCGGGAUACUUUGUGGCAAAGAUCAGGGCAGUGGAUGCAGACUCUGGCUACAAUGCACUGCUCUCCUAUCACCUGUCUGAGCCCAAAGGCAACAACAACCUCUUCCGGAUCGGAACCAGCACCGGGGAGAUUCGGACCAAAAGGCGAAUGAGUGACAAUGACCUGAAAAGUCACCCCUUGGUGGUGUCGGUCUGUGAUCACGGAGAGGCGUCCCUGUCAGCAACUGUGUCGAUUGACGUGGUGGUGCUCGAAAGCACAGCUGACAUCCACACUCCGUUCAGACAUGUGCCCAGCAAGGAGGAGAGCUUCUCCGCCUUGCACUUGUAUCUGCUCAUCGCCGUUGUGGCCGUGUCGCUCAUCUUUCUGCUGAGCCUCAUCACUUUAGUAGCCUUCAAAUGCCACAGACAGACAGACGGCCCCUUCGACAGGUACAGCGCCCCGAUGAUCACCACCCACCCUGACGGGAGCUGGUCUUACUCCAAAGCGACACAGCAGUACGACGUGUGCUUCAGCUCAGACACACUCAAAAGCGACGUAGUAGUUUUCCCUGGGCCCUUUCCGCCUGUAGAAGCAGAACUGAUCAGUAUUAAUGGAGGAGACACCUUUACCAGGACUCAAACUUUACCCACCUCUGAGAAGGUAGGAUUCAUGUCUUUGGUUUUCUUUGUCUGACCAGUAUGAUAUUGAUGUUUUACGCAUUUGAAUGUAGCCAAAAGCUU